AAAAAAAACGCUAACCAGAAAAAAGAGCGUAGCUUGAAAUAAUCGCCUUUGAUUAUGCGAAUUCUCUUCUACGAGCGUGGAUAUACAAAUAUGAAGCGCAGGUGAAUUAUUAUGAGCUAUAAAUAUAACCCAUCUAACAAGCUGAUGUUCGAAGACUCCACGAAUUAGAAUGUGUGAAAACUUGAAAUUUACUUCCAUGUUAUUGAUAACUGAUAAUUUUAGCCACAAUUUAUUGAUUAAUAGUUUUCAAUCAAUAUGUCAAAUUGUUAUAACGAUCGGUUUUUCUUCAUCUUUACGAACGUGACGUCAAUUUACCUUAGAAGAAUAUCUACACUAGAUUCUUUCCCAAUGUCUAUUCUACACGACAUCGACACAACUCAGAUCAACAACACAUGAUUAGCCUGACUAGAACGUAAACACAUUUUCCACACCAAAGCUCCACACAAUCCAAUAACAAUCUACAGUCAAUAAUAAUAACAAGGAUAGGAGAAUAUAUCAUACAACUAACUCCUGUCAAAUUAUCUACAAGUAAGACUAAGCAAACAACCAAUCAUUAUCAUUCUCGCCCACACACAUGACACGAACAAAUUGAUUAACCAAUCAAAUGUCAUCUAACUUUUGUGCUUAUAUUUAUCAAAAAAUAGCACUAUGGUGUUCGAAAUAUAGUUUUCUGUCAAAAUCACAAAGUAUUAUGAAUAGUAAUUGGAAAAGGCCAGAUUUACCAAGCAAAUGUACAUUCUCUUUAGACCAAUCCAUAAAUGAAAGUCCUCAUCAUCAUAUUCCAAUUCCCAAGAGGAAUAAAAUUAUAAAAAAGUCAUUACAAUUAAUAGGUAAUACACCUUUAAUUCAACUUGAUCGAAUUGCAAAGCAUGAAGGUAUAGAAUGUGAACUUUUAGGAAAAUGUGAAUUUCUUAAUAUUGGAGGUAGUGUUAAAGAUAGAAUUGGAAAACGUAUGAUUGAAGAGGCUGAAUCGGAAGGUAAACUGAAGCCUGGUGAUACGAUUAUUGAACCAACUUCUGGAAAUACUGGUAUUGGAUUGGCGCUUACUGCUGCUCUUAAAGGUUACCGAUGUAUAAUUGUAAUGUCAGACAAAAUGAGUAGUGAAAAGGAAUCGUAUUUACGAUGCCUUGGAGCUGAAAUUGUUCGUACACCGGCCUCUGCGAAUUUCGACAAUCCUGAUUCAUUGUUUCUAGUAUCAGAAAAAUUAAAAAAUGAAAUUGGUCCAUCUGCGCAUAUCAUGAAUCAAUAUACCAAUCCAUAUAAUCCAAUAGCUCAUUUUGAUGAAACAGCUGAAGAAAUUAUUCGUGAUUGUACAGAAGAAAAUGGACAAAUUAAAUUGGAUAUGCUAGUAGCUUCUGUUGGAACUGGUGGUACGAUAACUGGACUGUCAAGGAAAAUAAAAAUGAAAAUACCUAAUUGUUUAAUUAUUGGAGUGGAUCCAGUUGGUUCAAUUUUAGCCAAUCCACAGUGUCCAGAAACAACUCCAUACGACGUUGAAGGUAUUGGAUAUGAUUUUUUCCCUACUGUCCUGGAUACAAAUGGAAUUGAUAAAUGGUGUAAAACGAGUGAUCAUGAAUCUUUUGAAAUGGCAAGGCGACUCAUACAUGAAGAAGGUUUACCAUGUGGUGGCAGUUCUGGUGCUGCUGUCGCUGGUGCUAUCAGAACUAUCAAACAAUUGGGUUUAGGAAAAAACAGUCGAGUCGUGGUUAUUCUACCCGAUAAUGUACGCAAUUACAUGUCUAAAUUCUUAUCAAAUGAUUGGAUGUUUAGUCGAGGAUAUAUGGACUUUCCUUUAGGUGAUACAUUUCGAAAUAAUUGGAUUAAUGCUACAUUGGAUGAAUUAAUUGUUAGUCUACCAAAAACUGUUAGAAUAACUGGAGAACAUACAAUAAAAGAUGCUACGAAUUUAAUGAAAAUGGAGAAUGUAAGGGGAUUGUUGGUGAUAGAAAAUAAUAGAACAAAAAUUAGCGUUAUUGGUGUAUUUGAUUCAAGUGUUCUAAGACUAUUAUUCAACGGAUCUGUUAAACCAACUGAUCUUGUUGUCAAAGCAAUGAAUAGGAAUUAUCGGCAAGUUUCUAAAGUUGAAGAAAUACAUGGCCUUGAUCGUGUUUCUCGCGUACUCACUGUUGAGUCAUAUGUUGUUCUGUGGAAUAACGAAAACCCUUAUUUAGUAUGUCGUGAAGAUUUUCUCCAUUGGUCUUUAUUUAAACAGUAACGAGUUUGUUCAUGAAGAAAAAACACAACUAGGAAAAAUGAAAUCAAUCAAAAAAAAUUUAUCAAAUCAAGACUUGGUAAUGAUACCUAUGAAAUCAAUCUGUUUAUCUUCGAACUUCCUUUUACCCAUCAUUUUUUUUUAGAAAUAAAUAGCUUAGAGACAAAAAAAUUAUGUUCUAUUGAGAACAUCAAAUAAACUUCAUUUGUUUAUUUGUGGUUCAAUCAAUGUUUAAAUAUUGGACAAGCAGGGAAUGUACGCACAUAUAUUCAUACAUACAAAUGGUUCUCCUGUUUUAACGGUUUAUUAUAGGUUGAACUGCAACAUGGACUAGCUCCCAAAUGUCCUGGUAUGACCGAGAGUGGGGAGAGUACGCUCUCACUCUCCAAAUGCUCUCACAUGGCC